AUGACCGAUCUGUUGGCCCACGUAGCGAAGCAUCAUGGCCAAAACCCUAUUCCUCAACUGGAAAACCAUGUAGAAGGUGGGGAUAGGGCCCUCGAACGAUUUCAAAAGUUCUCUCCACCACAAUUUAUUGGAGGACCAGACCUAGAUGUGGCCGAGAAGUGGUUGGAGAAGAUGAUUGACAUUUUCGCUACUCUGCAUUAUACUGAAGAGAGACAGGUAACAUUUUUUGUUUUUCAAUUGGAGGGAGUAGCCCAUUCUUGGUGGAAUGUGAUCAGAAUGAAGUGGGAAAGAGAGCAAACACGAAGGACUUGGAUCAAUUUCAUGAGAAAGUUCAAUGCCAAGUAUUUUCCUCUUCUAAUUCAAGAGCAAAAGGAGGAUGAGUUCAUUAGGCUUAGUCAGGGAGCUCAAACCGUAGCAGAAUACGAGAGCCACUUUACUAGGUUGCCUAAGUUCGCUCUCGAACUUAUUGUGACUGAGCAGAAGAGGAUACGAAGAUUUAUUCAGGGGUUGAACGUUGAGAUUCAAAAGGAUUUAACCGUAGCUCAAAUCAAUAUAUUUAGUGAUGCUGUAAAGAAAGCCCUACGAGUUGAAAAUGCGAGAUUUCAAGUUAGAACCUUCUAA